CCAUGUCCAAAACAGGGCAUAUUGACUCUUAAAGGCGCAUAUCAUGUUAAAGACAUAUAAGACAAAAUACUAUUAAUAGAAAUUCGACUGUAAUAUCUUACCAAGCCCUCUAUCAGGUAGGACCCAACAUUAGUAGAGAAAGGUGGGUGUAUUCUUCAAACAUUUGCGUUUCACUUAAGUAGUCGGCCUAAGCUACUCUGCGGUGUCGAUGAGCUCAUGUGCUGAUGCGCACGAGUCCACCAAUCAAGAAAAAGCGUUGAGACUGCAUGGAACAUUUUCAGCUGCCAAGGAGUUAACGACUUGAAAUAGGCCUAUACAUUUUUUUCGUUCUUCAGGACAGAGAUUAGUGUAUAGGGAGAAUAAUGGCAGUUUAAUGUAAAAUAACACGAUCUAACACGGAUUACGUUACAUUGUCACAUUAUUAAUUGUAAUUUUCGUCAGCAGCAGCGUGAAGGACAGCGAAGUCAGCUAGCCUACUGCUGCAUUCAAACAGCUCACUGAUGUAACAGUGGAUGAAGACGUGCCUCCCAGACUACUUCAAAGGCUGUACCGUUGCUUUUUUCAUAAAUUGGCAAGACGGCGUCCAUCACACCCUUCCUUUAUUUGACAGAGCUUCUCAUUUGGAAUCACGCCAGACCGCAGCCUGCAAAAUCAGGGAACUGAUUGUGCUAAAGGAUUUAAAUAGGGUAUUGAAAUACGGAAUCCAUAUUGAAGAAAGCAACGCGGUAUUCCUUUAGAAUUUUAACGACCCGUUAAAAUGCGUAUUGGCUAUUGCUUUGAAUGGAGUAGCUCCACGAAGCUGUAGCUGUGUUGGUUGUGAACGUUAUUGUCGAGGGUCCAUGCAAGACUUGCUGUGGAAACAUGUGUGGCUACUUCUCUAAACGGAUCACUGCUAUCAGAGAUGGCAUUUUGGUCCAGUACAACGAUUUUUACCUCUAAAGUGCCCCGGAAGAUCUUAUUCAUGUUUACCCUAUCCCUAUCUGUCACCUACCUUUUCUACAGUUUGGUGAGCUGUUAUACCUCGCUACAAUUCUCUGCGCAAGAAAACUAUGUAUAUCAAGGAAGGCCGGUGACAGAGGAAACGACUUUUAUGACAUUAAGGGGGAAACUUUAUUCCACAUCACUCCAGGGCGAAUUUAUAGAACGUACAGGCACCGAGCAACCUACUGUUUUUUCGACGAAUCCAGAAAAUGUUAAAAUCGAAGGGAGGACAGCAGAAUGGGUUAGAACAGAUACGGCUCCCACUAACACCAUCGCGAUGGUUCAUACGGCAGUUAUGGACCAGCAGCACCAAGGAUUCAGCACUACGGACAGCGUUUUCAGAACCACGAUGAACAGCACCCCGGAGUAUGGGGAGAAAAAGCUGCCACAAGCCAUUAUAAUCGGGGUGAAGAAAGGAGGUACCCGAGCUUUACUUGAGGCUCUAAGGGUUCAUCCCGACGUUCGAGCUGUGGGCAACGAGCCCCAUUUCUUUGAUCGGAAUUACGAGAAAGGGCUGGACUGGUACAGAGACUUAAUGCCCUCUACGUUGGACGGCCAGCUUACAAUGGAAAAGACACCAAGCUACUUUGUAACAAGUCAUGCACCUAAGAGGAUAUACUCAAUGGCUAAAGACAUCAAACUAAUCAUUGUUGUACGUAAUCCGGUUACCAGAGCCAUUUCAGAUUACACCCAGACCCUCUCCAAAAAACCAGAGAUCCCAACAUUUGAAGUUCUGGCGUUCAAGAACCGGACACUAGGACUUGUUGAUGCCUCGUGGAGUGCCCUGCGGAUUGGUAUCUAUGCAUUACACCUAGAGAGUUGGAUGCAGUAUUUCCCCCUCUCUCAGAUGCACUUUGUCAGUGGAGAGAGUCUUAUUUUGGAUCCAGCUGGUGAGAUGGCAAAAGUGCAAGACUUCCUGGGAUUGAAGCGCAUUGUUACUGACAAACACUUCUAUUUCAAUAAAACCAAGGGAUUUCCUUGCUUGAAGAAGCCAGAAGACAGCAGUGCCCCACGUUGUCUUGGAAAGUCAAAAGGCAGAAUUCACCCCAGAAUAGACCCUGAUGUUAUUCACAGACUGCACAAAUUCUACAAGCCCUUUAACAUGAUGUUCUACCAGAUGACAGGGCAGAACUUCCAGUGGGAAUCAGAGGAGAUUAAUGACUCUCAGAGCUCCCAGGACUAGUUAAGUGCAGAGGUUCAUAGCAAUACCACCAGCCUUUCCAUACCAGAGCCCCAUCUUGUGUUAUCCCUCAAAUGAUUGCUUGCACACAUUAAUCAGUCACAGCUGUCUUCUCAAUGUGUCUGUAUUCAUAUGAAAAGUGUACAAUGUGAUGCGCUAAUUCACACCCCCUCUGUUCAUAUUGUUACUGAUGGCAGAGCAUCACUGUUUAUCUCAUGUAUACAAAAGAUACAUGCACAUACAAACACACACACACACACACACACAUAUACAUAUAUAUAUAUAUAUAUAUAUAUACAUAUAUUUUUUUUAUACGUUAAAUUAAGAUGACUAUUGUUUGUUCACAUUAAGUCAUGUUCACUCUGAUGCAUGCGAUGAGUAAAGUGUCCUUACGUCCAUCUCCUCGACAGAUUUUUGCCUGUUCCCUGCCCCCCUCGCUGAUUCUUACAUUUACUGUAUUAUGUACUCAUGAUGUCAUGAUGACAUUUUUCUGUGUUAUGUAGUGCUACAACUUUCAUACCAACUCUACAUGACAUCAUGGCCAAUUUUAGAUUCAUAGUUAAAUCGCAACCUCAGUGAAUUAAAAAAAGCCAGGAUGGUAAAAGGAAAAUCAUAAAGAUACAUUACAUAACAUUACUUUACAUUGGCAGAUAUGGUACCCUUUAAACCACAAAAUAAAACUGGGGAUCACAUACACUACCACGUAAAUGUUUGGAAUCACCCAGAAAAUAACACGUUUUCCAGGAAAACCAUAUUUUUAUCCACCAAAGAAGGUGCAAAAAUGAAUAGAAAGUAUAGUCAAGGCAUUACCAUGGUUUGAAAUAAUGUUUUUCUGCUUGAAAUAAUAUUUUUAUGUUUGUAUAUUUUCAUUAAAGUCUCCUCCAUUUGCAGCAACUACAAACUUUGCAGCAUUACAGCUCAAAUGGUGCUUCGCUACCUAGGUCUGACAUCAUUUGGAGCGGUGGGUCUUUGCCCUGUGGUUGGACGAAACCUGCUCCAAUCAAGCGUCGUCCACAGGGUGUGGCAUAGUAAUGUAAAAUAGAGUGCCAGCCUUUUUUAAGACUCCUUUUUUUCUGUGCAAAUUUCCCACUUUACCAGCACUGAAGCCCCCCCAGACAAUCAUAUGUUCACCACCGUGCUUGAGGGACAGCACCAAGCACUCCUCUGGCAUCAGUUCAUUUGUUCUGGACCUCAUAAAGUGAUACAAGCCAGGCCAAGUAAACCAAGUUAGAUUUGUCUGUCCAUAACAGGAAGGUUUUUUUAUCUGGUAUUUUAUCAAGGCAAUUUAGUUUUCUCCCCCUUUUGAUGCCUCACAUUUAGACUGAAUGUUCUGACUCCUCACUCAUGCUCCUCCUCCUGACAGCAUCUGGUAAAUACAGCGCCAGUGUAUUCUCCACUCCUGAAAAUCAUCACCAUUUUCUCAAUAAUAAAAGAUACUUACAAAUGUUUUCUCA